UUUCAUAAUUAUUUCAACACAAUCAAAUUUUCUGAUCUCUUUCUCAAAUUAAAAUCAAUUACACUUUCUCUCUUUUUCUUGGAUCUAAAUGGCACGUACCAAACAAACGGCUCGCAAAUCUACCGGAGGCAAGGCUCCAAGGAAGCAACUCGCCACAAAAGCCGCCCGGAAAUCUGCUCCGGCGACCGGAGGAGUGAAGAAGCCUCACAGAUUCCGUCCAGGAACAGUCGCUCUAAGAGAAAUCAGGAAGUAUCAGAAGAGCACAGAGCUUCUCAUCAGGAAGCUUCCAUUCCAAAGACUGGUUAGAGAAAUCGCUCAAGAUUUCAAAACAGAUCUCAGAUUCCAAAGCAGUGCCGUAUCAGCACUUCAAGAAGCCGCUGAAGCAUAUCUAGUUGGUUUGUUUGAAGAUACAAACCUUUGUGCGAUUCAUGCUAAGAGAGUUACUAUUAUGCCUAAGGAUAUUCAACUUGCUCGCAGAAUCAGAGGAGAGAGGGCUUAGAUUUAGAUUGUAAGGAUUUAUAUUACAUAGAUGUAGUUGUGUUAUAAUUAGUGUUAUGUAAUAUUUGUCUGUUCCUUUUGUAAUCUGUUUUGAAAUUUAACCUACUAGUGCUGGGUGGCAAUGCUUAGAUAUGUUAUGUGUUUUUUAGAAAGUGAAUUUAGUAGUUUUUGUCUA